AUGGCCGUCGUCGCGAUGCUUCGCGCGCUCUGGGAAAAGUCGGCGCGGUACAUGAGCUGGAAGACGUACGCGAUGCUGGCCGUCUUCACGCUGGCGAGCAUGCUGCGGCGCGUGGCGCAGUGGCGGCCGCGCCCGACGCUCCUCUUUAGCACCUUCCUCAAGGACGCGAUGAGCAACAACAUCCAACACGUCUCGCUUGCCGGCGAGUUCUUCCAGGUGACACUCAAGCAGAGCCUUGCGUCCGGCGUCCAGUCCUACCGGAUCAUUGUGCCACCGCGCACGGACCAGUCGUACAUUGUUGACAUUCUGUGCAAGCACGGCAUCGACUUUGGGACGAUGCAGCCGUCGCUGAGCAAGAAGGCGCUGCCCGUGCUCCUCGCCGUCAUCCCCAUCGUGUACUUGGGCUUGACGUACCGCAUGCUCCAAGGCAUGAUGGGCGGGUCCGAGCCUGGCAUUGGCAAAGACGGCAUGAAACGCGGCAAGCUCAACGCCGACGCCGCCAAGCAGCAGCGCAUCUCGUUUGCGGAUGUGGCGGGUAUUGACAAGGCCAAGAAAGAACUCGAGGAGGUCGUCGACUUUCUCAAGCGGCCGCAGCGCUACGAGACCAUUGGUGCCAAGAUUCCCAAGGGUGUGCUGCUCUGCGGUCCGUCGGGGACAGGCAAGACCCUUCUGGCGCGCGCAGUUGCUGCCGAAGCCGGCGUCGCGUUCCUCUACUGCUCGGCGUCCGACUUUGUCGAGAUGCUCGUCGGGCGCGGCGCGUCGCGCGUCCGCGACCUCUUUACGCAGGCGUCGCAGCACCCAAAAUGCAUCAUUUUCAUCGAUGAGCUCGAUGCGCUCGCCAAGGCGCGCGGCGGCCUCAACUCGAACGACGAGCGCGAGCAGACGCUCAACCAGCUUUUGACGGAAAUGGACGGCUUUGAGGGCCACACGGAAGGUGUCAUUGUGAUUGCGGCGACGAACCGCCCGCAUGUGCUCGAUCCCGCGCUGUGCCGGCCCGGCCGCUUUGACCGCCACGUGUACGUCGGGCUUCCGGACGCCAAAGGGCGCGAAGCCAUUUUGCGCGUGCACAUGAAGCGCAUUCGGGCUGGACUGACGGUCACGGUCAGCGCGAUUGCCAAGAACCCCAAGCUCGACGGCUCGUCGGGCGCGCAGCUCGCGUGCCUCGUGAACGAAGCGGCGCUCUUAGCGGUGCGCCACGGCGCGACCGUCGUCGAGAUGCACCACUUUGAACUCGCAAUCGACCGCAUGGCCGAGACGUCAAACGUCGAUACGCUCUACGGCGCCGUCCUGUAGGCGAUCCCAGUCGUCAAUGGCGCACAGAUAUUAGUACGAUUACCAAUCCGCCUAAAAUACAACAACCAUCAUGUCUGCCACCA